AUGGACAUCUUUUUUGAAAAAGUAAGGGGUUUUUGUUAUUAAUUUUAUUUUUAGCAAGAUGGGAUGCUUUGUGCUCAGCAUGCAUUGAACAUGCUUUUACAAACCAGGAUGUACACGGCGUUAGACUUGGGAGAUAUCGCCCGACAAUUAGAUGAACAAGAAAAGGCCUUACUGCCUGCUGAACAACGAGCUCUAUUUGUAAGCAGCAACAUGGAUGAUAGCGGAUUCUUUUCGAUACAAGUCAUUCGACAGGCUUUGAGGACGUUGGGUCUUGAUUUGGUGUCGCUAGAGAAUCCAGAGUUGGUUGAGGUUAAAUUGAGUCCAAAGUAUGUCUUCUUUUGUUUACAUCACGUAUUUGUUUUUUGUAAAUUUAUAUAAAAAUUUUCGCUAUGGCUCAUUUGUAAUUUUUUAAAUAUUUUUAAUUAAAAAAUAUUUUUUAGAAUUGGAAAUGCUUUUAUUUGUAAUAUGGAGUUGCAUUGGUUCACUUUAAGGAAUAUUUUUGGUGCAUGGUACGAGUUGAAUUCGAUGAAAGAUGGACCUAAAGUAAUAUCAGAUGGCUUUUUAGAUGUGUAUAUUUCUCAGCUUGUUGCUGAAGGCAUGUUUUAGUAAUUUUACAUUUAAAAAUGUUCAUUUUAUUAUAUAAGAGGUUUUAUAUACAAAGGCCGAACAUAAAGAAAGAUAAUUUAAAUAUGUAUUGUUUUAGGUUAUUCCGUGUUUCAUGUUGAAGGUGAUUUGAGUAAUUUUGUGAAUAUGGAUCAGCGACGUGGAGAAGACUCACCGCUUAUGUAUCAGGAAGACGAUUUUGCUGUAAGUUUAUAUUACAGGAUGUUAUUGGAAUUUAGAAAGCACUCGAAUUAAGCAAACUGGAAAAAACGGAAAGUGAAGAUGAUGAGUUGCAGGUAAGUAAAUUAAAGUCACUUACUAACGCGGUUAUUGUAUUGACGCUUUUCAAAACACAUUUCAUUUUUCGUUAUAAAUUAGAGACGUAUAUACUGAAACCUGGCUAAUAUAUAAGACUCCGCUUUAGAAGUUUACUGUAAUAGUGUUUGUUUAAAAUUAAUAAAUAUUUGUUUAGAGGGCGAUAUCAUUAAGUAUGAAACCAAACGGUUAUGAAGCCGAAAUUGACGAGGAAUUAAAGGUAAUUUUUGUUAGAUUUACGGUAAUUAAUUCUUAGAAAGCAAUUGCGAUGAGUCUGGAAGAUCAUCAGGACAACAUUGCGACAAGUUCACGAACAGUCGAUCAUGAGGUAUAGAGUUGAAUGUUGUGUACUAGUUUAUUGUCAAAUUUCAGAGUUUUAUGAAAAGUGAACUUAGUGGAUCUCAAAGCCUUCAGCAUUCAGAACAAGAGCCAAGACUAAAUGGUGGAAAUUUAACAGAUUCUGGUGAUUUAAGCGAUUUACGGCGGAAAAGAGAAGCGUUUUUAAGUCGAUUUAGCUAA